GCUGUGUUUACAUGGAGCAAACAACGUGGGUCGCUGUCAGAGGAGUUUAAUUCAUGAAUAAACGGCUUAAAAAUUAUUGAAACGUAUUGAUCUACUGACGACAAAAUGAGUAAAAAGCGACAAAGUGUGGACGCGGCGGAGGAAGGCGUCCCAGCGAAAAAAGACAAGUUUUCAGAGUUUAAUGGAACUGUAUUUAAAACCAUGCUGAAAGAUCCAACGCAAGCCAUGAAAGGAUUGGAGAAGUUCAUAUCAACAGCAAAGAAACUGCCAUGCCCAGAUCUGUACGAUGUGGUUGAAGGAUAUGUUAAAAUUUCCAUGGAGUGUGCAGAGAUUUUCAAAUUGUUGGAAGGAGAAACACAAGUUGAAAGUGAGUUGAUAUUGAUUUUUGAGAGUCUGGAGAUGAUUCUUCUGAGAACUGCCAGCGACCUCACUCACUUCAACACGGUGGGAAAUGCCAUCGUGAAGAAAACCGUUUCCAGCCACAUGAAGAUCCUCCUGGGUUCUCUGCACUCCGCUAAUCACAGAUUUGUGCGCCAGUGUUUGCAUUUCCUGUCUGCGUUGGUGGCUCAGGGCCCAGAAGCUGCCAGAGAAGUUUUAAGUCACAUUCAUGCUUACAAGACGAUGUCCGGUCUGGCAAAAAGGAGAGAUAAGCAGGGGAAACCAGAUGUCCGCAUGGCCUUUAUCCAAUUUGUGUUGUCAUUUUUGAUCUCUGGAGACAAUGCCACAGUGGGACAGAUACUUGAAGUAAAAGAAUUUCUGCCUGAGAUCCUGAACACGGGUCUGAAAGAGGACAGGCUGUCUGUUGUUAACCUGAUUUUGACUACACUAAAGAGCAGAGUUGUUCUGAACAAAGGCAUCAGUAAAACUCAGAAGGUGCGCUUCUUCACAGCAGCAGUGUUGGCAAACUUGGCAUCACUUUACAAAUGGAACGGGAUCGUUGAUGCUGCCACUGAGGAAGACUCUAUGGAGGACGACUCGCAGCAGACCGGAGUGUCUCUGGUCCGGGCUCAGGUCCACAGUUUUCUCGUGGACCUGUGCUGCUCUCGUAAACAUGGCAUCAGCUUUCAUGAUUCUAGCUUUGGAACUGCUGGCAGAGCUGGAAACCUGGUCCUCCUGCAGUUCCUGGUGGGACUGAAGCAGGCACCAGAGGACGACCUGGUGGCAGAGCUGGUGGUGAACGUCCUGAAGGCCAGUCCCGAUAUUCUGUCCAGAUAUUUCAAAGAGACGCAGCACUCGUACACUCCUCGCCCCAAGAGCACCUGGCAGGACAACGUCAACCUCAUGAAGAAGAUCUACGAAGCCCAGCCAGAUGUUUCCAGCAUUUUCCAGAGUCAGGAGGCCGUCCCCAGCAGCCGCCAGCUCAGUAUGAUCCAUGUGCUGUCUCUGCCUCCAGUCUGCAACAAGGCUUUCUUCACACAGGGGCUCAAUCUCCCCAACACAGCAGUGCAGCUCACCACCUUCUCUGUGAUGAACUUCAUACUGAAGCGAGCUCACACAAACCUGCUGCAGCUCCAGGAGAGAGCCGCGUGCAGCUCCGCAGACGUGCUGAGUGCAGACAACAUGACCGACCUGAUCCAGCUCUACAGGGAGAGCCUCAGCAAAAUUUUACCAGACAUGACGACCAUUGUUGGAAAAUGGCAGGCUCUGAGUAAGAAGGACAAAGGAGCGAGUGAUGCAACAAAACCAGAGAAUGAACAGAGUGUUGAAGAAGGACAAGUUCCAGAGACAGCAGAGGUGAUUUUGCUCAAAGCUCUGAUUCUUCAGGUCAUUUGUCUGUAUCAGAAAGUGGUGCCACAUCUGGUGUCACAGUGCAAGUUUGACUUCAGCAAACUCCUGAAAGGGAUCUUGUCUGAGAAGGGCCUAAAAGAGGAAGUCCCCCCUGUUCUGCAGUACCACAUCCUGCAGCUGGCUCUAGAGCUGCCCUCCAGCAAGUUCUCCUGGUUCCGGUUUCAGGAAGCUGCAGACAGUGAGUCCUCGUCCUUAGAGAAAUCCGUCCUGUAUCAGAUUUUGAACAUGUUUGUGAGCAGCAGCAGGAGUCACCUGAAGACCUCCACGAAGCAGCUGGUUCUUAAGGUCCUGAAGGACAGUGGUGUGUUUGAAUACACCUGGACUGAGCUGGAGCUGUGGCUGGACCAGCUCACUGCCCUCGAGCAAAGUCAACGGGAAACUGUCAUCCAUUUUCUUGAAAAAGUGUUGGUGAAGCUGGUCUCCUCCUCUCACGUUUACACCGAUAAAGUGGCCAGUCUGGUCCAGGAGGCUGCUUAUGUCCAGGCCAACCUCAGCGGGCAGGAGGGGGACGCAGCCAGUAUCCCCGUCUCUCAUAUAGAUGAUGUGCUGGACAUGCUGGACGUGAUCAUGGAGAGCAGUGAGGGGGAGAUGGAGGAGUUUGGACCUCCUCUGAGUGAAGAGCUCAUCAUUCAGACGUUUCCCUUCAGCGCCCUGGUGCCCGCUGCCCUCGAGGCCAGGAACAAACUGUCCUCUGGGAAAGAUGUGGUGUUUGAGUACCUGAGCUCCGUCCUCUGUCAGGUGCUACACUGUCAGAGAGACCCCCUGCCCCUGUGCAUGGCCCUGCUGCACUACGACAAAGAGCUCAUGACCUCUGACCCCUCCUCUGACUCCUCCUCUGACUCCUCCCCUCACCCCUCUGUACUCCAGCUGCACCAGUACUACUCCAAAUGGCUCCCUCAGCAAAGCGACAAGGAACUGUUCAAGUCUGUGGAAACCCUCCACAAAGAUCUUCAAACUGCAGCUACUACAUUCAGUGCUCUCCUGACAGAAGCGUACAUCCAAGGACCGAAAGCUCUAACCAAACCCGACUUUGUACAAACUAUAGAAGCAUCUAUGUCCAGUGCUGUCUUUCCUGUCGCCAUCAAACAAGUGCUGCUCUACAUCAAGACCACAGUGGAGGACUUUGGUUCGUUUUCCAAAGAUGAAGGAAAUGCUGUGUUGAAGAACCUGCUCAAAAUCCUGCAGCUCCUUGUAGGCAGGGUCUUGGUGAUCGAUGAAGACUCUCCAUCAGAACAGAAGGAGGUAGAACGUUCUCAAGAGGGAUCUGACCUUUUCCUGGAGGUCAACCAGACGUCUGAGGAGGAAGGAACCAAAGAGCAGGUCAUUAUCUCCAGCCUGUCCUCCAUCUUGAAGCAUCCCAGUAUUCAACAGUGGUUCCUGGCUGUGGAGCGGGCCGCCAUACCCCCUCACAACCUCAAACCAGUGCGCCUCAAACUGCUCUGCUCCAUGAUGACCAAAGAUAUCCAGGCCUUCCUUAUUCUCACGUUGCCUGUACUCAAAAAACUCAACCAACAAGACCUCUUCAAGCACUUUACUGAUGCCAUUGUGACAACCGUACUCAAGGAGCUAAAUGAGAUCAACAUCCACCUAACAACGACCGAAUCCAAAGCGAUGGAGGCUCUUACUUCACUUUUCUACUACAUGGACUUUUCAGAAGUUAAGGAAGUUGUUUCGAAGCUUCUGCUACUACCACAAGAUGUCCUUUUUUGUACAAAUGAAGAAGGAACCCAGCGUCUUACCGUCUAUGGUCAGGCUGCUUUGGUACUCCUCACCAAAAGCAGUUCAGCAGGGUCUAUAUUUUUGUCCCAGGCUCACCUCAGCGGCCUUGGGACUCUGCUCUUGUCGUGCUCGAGUCCAGAAUUAGAAGCUUUCUUUCUGCAAAUUCUCACCAAAGAGCCGAGCAGUGCCAAGCUGAUCCAUACCAAGGUUUUGUUGUACUGUCUUCAGCAAAAGAGAGUGGACAUUCUAAAGAUGGCGAGUCUGUUGUUACAAAACUGCAGCACGCACAGGCUCUGCUUCGAGAGGUUUUGUUUGGAGCCGGGAAACAUGGAGGAUUUGGUCAAAGAGAUGGACGCAUUUCAUUCACUUAUUAAUGCGUACCUUCAGCUCGCAGGGACAGAGGAUCCUGCCAGGCCCAAAGAUGUGCAAGAACAAGUCCUGAAGACACUGAAGCGUGGCCUGCUGCCCGGAUUGUCCCAGCGUGUACUUGAAAAUCUCCCUGAAACCUCUGAAGCAGACUAUGUAGAAACUCUUUGCAGUUUGAUCAAGCUCUCUGCCGAUACUAAAGACAUUAAAGACCUCAGGACCAAGCUCCCCACUGCCCUACAGACUCCAGACCAUUUGGAAAGGUGGCGCUUGGUUGAUGUUAUAUCACAGAAGCUGGUUGGGAGCCCAGAGGAGAGCGAGCGCUGGAGGAAGUCUGUGCUCUCUGCUGCCCUCGUGUGUCUGAAAGCUGCGUACAGUCAGCUUAAAGACCCGGACGCCUCACGAUCACAGCAGGAGCAGAGAGUUUUGGACUCACUGCAGGGACUCCUGACGAGUUCCAGUGACAUCCCUGCAUCUGAAUGGAACAGCUUUGUCAAAACUGGGCUCAAACACCGAUACAAACAUGGACCCUUCCUCGCCUCCCUCACCAGCCUGGUGGAGGUGAUGUACAGAGAGGAGACUCGCACAGACCUGCUGUCUUUAUCCACCCUCCACAUGAUGAGCUCCAGCCACUCCCUGUUCCUGCCCUGUAUGCUGGACUCUACUCAGGAGCAGGCCGGGGCUCAGGCUAAAGAAGCGCUUGUAUCUCUGCUGCUGUGUCUGGUGAGGAGAUGUCCGUCGGUUUGUAACAUGAAUCACUUCGUGGUGCUGUUGGGAGCCUACGGAGCCUCUCUCAGCACCUUAGAUCAAAAGCUCCUGCUGCUUAUACAAGAAUAUGAAAGAAACAACAUCAGCCUCUUGAAAUUCCAGUCGUUUGUGUGGGGACCCGCUGCAGUGGAGCACCAUAAGGCCAAGAAGUCCCUGGGCUCGUCCCUGUGGAAGCAGACGAGCACAGAGGAGCUGUUAGCCCUGCUCAGGCCUGACUCCAUGCUCCAGACCAUCGCCCACUUUCCACAACAACGCAAACUCAUACCACAGAAUGAGGAGCCACUUUUCCCUACAGACGACAUGAAGGACCCUCAGAAUGUUUACGACCCUCGCUUUCUCCUGCCUCUCUUUAGUGCCAUUUUGAGACCAGAGUCUGUGGUGGACUGCCUGAAGUUUGUGUCCUGCCACGCUCUGGGCUUCACUGUGAUGUCGUUGAGCAGCUAUGACCCCAAAAUGAGAGCCGGAGCCUACCAUGUGCUCACCUGCUUCUACCAACACCUGGAGGGAGCUCGCUUCAGAGAAAAGAAACAGCUGCUGUAUUUGGUGGACAUCCUGAAGAACAGUGUCCGGCAGCAGAAUCAGAGGCUCCCGUUCAUCCUGACCACGUACGUCUCCAAAGCCCUGCAGCAGAUGCUCAAACCAGAGGACCACAUGUACAUGGUUUUAAAUAGAUUCCUGUUGUCUCACCAAAGUCUGGAUUUCAGAAGGGUCCCGGAGUUUUUCAAACUCUUUUACGGCUUUGACCUGGAGCACAAACUGGAGCGAGACUGGAUCCUGAGUGUCCUGGAGGAGGGCAUAAGUGAUCGAUUCUGUUAUGAACUGUGUGAACAACAGGGAGUCUUCCAGAGUCUGCUGGGCUUUUGCAGCUCACCCCUGUGUGAUGAUGCCACGCAGACCCAGAUCCUUCGGGUGUUAUGUCACGCUGCCAAAGUGACACAAGCCGCAUAUAACCUCACCAAAAGCUGUGGACUGCUCAGCUGGAUCAUACAGCUACUGGAUAAACGAAAACUGGACCAACAGCUGCUGGGUGCCAUUAUCGAGCUGGUCCAUGCCCUGUGGCAGACAAACUUGGGGCAGAAGGAGGCACAGCUGGACAGGCUGAAGUCUGUGCCCCCUGAGGAGAAGCCAGCGAAGACCGUGAAGUGUUUGCCCCUCCACCUCACCUGCGAGUUUGUCUGCGUGGCAUCCACCAUCACCAAACACCUCAGGUUGGGUGUGAAGGCCAGCCACUUCCACAUGUUCCUCCAGACCUACUGCUCUGUGCUUAAACAUUACCGGGCCUCCUUGGACAUGAGCGCACAGGCAGAGCGCUUCACCCUCCUCCCAGAGCCUCUGUCCUCCUCUGAAGCUCUGAACCUGCUCCUGUGCUGGGCCUCACUGCACCGUGACCCCCUGCUCCUAAACCACAUCCACAGUGUGUGCCAAAAACACCAACUCAAACUACUGACAAGCACAGCUAAAGACAAAACCCGCGUUAAAGCUUUUGGCUCCCAGUCUCGCCCAAAGAAGGAUCUGCCAACUUGUGAGACCAUCCCAGAGAAAACAGAGGACCACCCCCUCCCAACCCAGACCCCACUGCCCCUGUGCACCGUCCUCUGUCACUGGACCCCCGUGUUUUCCCUUCCCCAAGGCCAAAUAACACAACCAGCAGACAAAAUGGAGCCCAGCGCUUUAACCACGGAUACAGCGCUGUUGCUUACUAAAUGGUUGCUGGGGAGUCUUCUGGAGAGCUCAAAUACUCAGAAAAUAACCAAAGACUUCUUGCACUGGCUGGAAACCGCAGUAGUUGGACACACGCAGAUAGUCGAUGGUUUGAUGCUUGAUACACAGUCAAAAGCAGAUCUCCUCAGACUGUAUCACCAAGUAUUCGAGUCUCAAAGUUCUAACGCAGAAAUAGGUGUUUUGAAAUUGUUUACUAAGAUCAUGAAGUGUUUGCUGGAAAGCCAAGGCCAGCUCCCAGCGAUGCACCAAGCGGUAGUGUCCUCGUGUCUGCCAGAAGAGGAGACUCAGCGGUCCAGAGAUGAUGCUGGGCUGUUCCUGUCCUCCCUUUACAUCCAUGAGCUGUGGUGUGGGGUCACAUCUGCUGAUCUGUUCAUGACCCACAUCCGUCUGGUGACCAAAAACACGCCCAAGAACAAGAAGAGCUCCGUAUCGUCAGAGUCCUCUGUGAGAGACAUCUGUAAUGAAAUCAUAACAUCAACAAAAUAACACAUCCACAAGGACUUUCCAACAACAUUCACGGUCUUAAUUGUACGUUUUAUUUUGUACAUUUACAGCACCAUAUUUUUUACUGUGAAUAUGUGUUUAACUGUGGUGAUUUAUGUAUUAUACUAAAUGAACUUUUUGGAGCUUUAUACUAUGUUAUAAUGUUUCUUAAUUAAAAACAUGCCUGAAGAGCAA